UAACUUUUGUUUCAAAUAAUAAUUUGUAUGUUAGAUGGGAGCUAGGGAGUUUUGUUGUGUAAUAGGUAAUAUUGAUUUUAUGUAGAUUCGAAGUAAAACUGGACAAACAUUUUAUAAUGCCUAGAGAUGAAAAAUUUCCCGACAAUGGCUUUGAGGCCUGGGGUGGAUACAUGCAGGCUAAAAUUGCUAAACUGGAAGAACAGUUUUCUUCCGGGAUUGGAAAUGCCGAAAAGUUAACAAAUAUUUUUAAUGGAAUAAGUAUUUACGUUAAUGGCUUCACCGUACCGUCGGCGGACGAAUUAAAAGAGUUAAUGGCAAAGCAUGGUGGUGUUUAUCACACAUACCAAAGGAGUGGCGACUUUGUUAUAGCUUCUAACUUACCUGACACAAAAGUUAAAAACAUGUCUCUAUCUAGAGUGGUUAAACCAGAAUGGAUAUCAGACAGCAUAUCAGCCCACCGUUUGUUGGACUUUAAGGACUACUUACUGUAUAGGAAUUCUAAAUCUCAACCAAGGCUAAAUUUUAUUCAGAAGAAAAGGAAAGACUCAGUUUUAGAAAUUAAACAUGACAACAACCAUACAGCAGAUUCAAGUGAAGACCCUGAAACAAAGCUAGAUAUUAAGAAGGUUAGCAGUCCUGAAGUAUUUCAUGAGAAUUUAACUGCACCACAGGUGCCAUCAAGCACACUUAGUAUACAAGACUUCAAGAAAGGCGACCCUGUUACUAAAACAGCAGCUGAUCCUAAUUUUAUAUCAGAAUUUUACAAUAACUCAAGAUUGCACCAUAUUUCUCAACUUGGUGCAACUUUCAAACAGUAUAUUAAUGAUCUUAGAGAAAAACAUGAUUUUGAAUUUCCUGCCCGCAAUGAUUUGAAAUCAAGAAUAAUGUCAUCGAACCCCGAUGAUAAUACCACAUUUGGGUUUCAGCAUUCUAAAACAAUUAUGCAUAUUGAUAUGGAUUGUUUCUUUGUAUCUGUGGGGUUACGUAAUAGACCUGAACUUAGAGGAAAACCUAUCGCUGUUACACAUUCUAAGGGCAGACAACCUUGGACAAAAAGACCUGGUGUAGAUAGAGCAACCGAGUUUAGUUUAUAUAAACAGAAACAGGUUAAAAAACUAUGUAAAACUACAGGAAUAGCUGAAGAUAUUGAAAUCGAGACAAGGGUAGACAAUAUCACAGAUGAGGAUGAUAGAUUUGGCUCUAUGAGUGAAAUAGCUUCAUGCUCAUACGAGGCCCGAGCAAGAGGAGUUAAGAAUGGGAUGUUCAUGGGAGCAGCCUUGAAGCUUUGCCCAAACUUGCAAACAAUUCCAUAUGACUUUGAAGGCUACAAAGAAGUGGCAUACACAUUAUACAAUACCAUAUCUCAAUAUACUUUGGACAUAGAGGCUGUUUCGUGUGAUGAAAUGUAUGUUGAUUGCACUGAACUAUUAAAAACAUUAAAUGUCAGUGUUCAUGAUUUUGCUUUGGCCUUAAGGGAAGAAAUUAAAAGUAAAACUGGAUGCCCAUGUUCAACUGGGUUUGGUGGUAAUCGUUUGCAAGCAAGAUUGGCAACAAAACAAGCUAAACCAGAUGGCCAAUUCUUUCUAACAUCUGACUUAGUUGAUGAAUUUAUGUUUAACAUAAAUCUGAGAGAUCUACCUGGAGUAGGCAGGCAGAUAGCCCAGAAACUGGAAACUCUUGGGCAUGUGACGUGUGGUUCGCUUCAGAAUCUAUCACUUACCUCUCUUCAAAAUCAUUUGGGUGUCAAAAUUGGAGAGCAAUUAUAUGACCAGUGCCGUGGGCGUGAUGCACAUCCUCUAACAUUCUAUACAGUUAGAAAAUCAGUGUCAGCUGAAGUCAAUUAUGGUAUCCGCUUUGAGAAUAAUGAGCAAUGUGAUGAAUUUUUAAGACAACUUUCAGCAGAAGUACAUUCCAGAAUGCAGCAAUUCAAAGUAUUAGGAAAGUGUAUAACUCUGAAACUUAUGGUAAGAGCUAAGGAUGCCCCUGUAGAAACUGCCAAAUUUAUGGGCCAUGGCUUUUGUGAUACCAUUAACAAAUCUACAACACUGCAGAAUGCAACUGACGAUGUGAACAUAAUAACUAAAGAAGUACUUUCCAUUUGCAAAAAACAAAAUAUAGACCCAAAGGAAAUGAGGGGUAUUGGAAUUCAAAUAACAAAAUUAGAAUCCAUAAACAGUAAACAAGUCACCCAAGGACCAAUUAGUAAAUUCCUCAAAAGCAAAAAUGUUAUUAAAUCCGAAAAACAAUGGAACAUUGAAUUGAUUAAUAACCUAGAUCAAAACAUUUUAGGAAAAGAUGAGAAAAUUAGCAAAAAUUCAACAACACCAAAGAAACAUAAAGCUAUUUCACCUGAGAAGAAAUCUCCUGUUUUAGGAUCUAUGAAACCUAUAACAGGGAAGAGAAGAGGUAGACCAAGUAAAUCUGUGAAGCUUCAAGUAUCCACAACCCGAAAUCUAAUGAGCAAAUUUCUACAAGUCGAAAGUACCUCAAACGAAGUUUGUGUUAAAAAGGAGCUUACUAUUGAACAUUUGCCAAAAGAAACUCCUAAAAAUGUAGAAAAACCACAAGGUUUAUUGAGUCUACCAUGGGAAAAAGUAAGGGAACUACUGAGGGCAUGGUUUGACAGUGGCCAGACACCAAAGCCUUGUGAUGUUGAUUUAAUUGUAUCAUAUCUAAAAGGUAUGGUCACUAGUAAGAACAUUGAUAAAGUAUAUAUUCUGAUUAAUUUUAUAAAACGAAGAAUUAGAGAAAUGAAGAAUAGUAAUUGGAUUGAGGUGGAAAAUUGUGUCAUUGAAGCAGUACAAAAUGCUAUGUUGACUGUUUACGGGAAAAAGUUGUACAUAAACGAUUAAACAAUAGUUAAUUCACAAAAUGA